AUGAACAAAAAAAAUAAUAUUAUCCUUAUAUCGAAUUAUAUGAUGUAUCCCAGAUACUAUUAUAAUGUAGCUAAGGGCUUUAUUACUACAGAUGUGUCAACAUUAAAAAUAUAUAGUAAAAGAGAGAAAAAAAAUAUAUUAUAUUUUCUUAUAAAAUUUUUUAUAUUUACCCUUUCAAUUUGGAUGUUACAAUGUUCUUAUAAUUGGGAUUCUUGCAGAUCGUGGAAUUACAAAAAUGACUCAAAAAACAUAUUAGAUUUAGGAUCCAAAAGAUCAUUAGCAGAAAGUAGUGAUCCAAUAAAACAAACAAAAAGAACAUUAAAAUCCUGGGAACAUGAUACGAAAGAAGUACGUUUAGAAUCAAAGAAUGAACUAAAUGAAACAAAGAAAAAUAUAGAUGUAGAACAGGGAAAUGAAAUAGUCACAAAAGAGAAAAGUAAUAAAGUAAAAUGUAAUGAGAAAAUUUUAAGCAAAUGCAAAAGUAAUAUAAAACUAAUUUUCUCAUCCCUUGCAUUUUUCUUGUCCCUUUUAAUUUUUAUAUUAUUUAUUUUAAGUAUGUCAUUUUAUAUAUCAUUGCCAAUUUCUUUUCCUAUAUUACUUCCUUUGUCUCUUGUAAUAAUUUCAACUAUUUUAACACAAGAGAGAAUUGAAAUAAAAUAUAAAAAUAAAUUUUAA